AAGAAAAGAAAUUCACAUUUUUCAGACGUUCCUUCAUCUGCAGUAAGUACGAAACUAACUAAUCUGGCCAUAAUUAGUAGCAUUUAUUUGGCUGUAUCAAUUUUUCAAUGGAUUUUUCGUGUUAUCAUAAUUGAACGAUUAUUUUUUGAUCCAUUUCAUAGUAUGAUUGACCUCUGCUCAAUUGCUAAUAUUAGCAUAUUGACGUUAACGCAUUCUUUACAUGGAUAUUAUAUACAUGGACGCUCAGUACAUGGUGAAGCGGAUAUUGAUAUGGCUAGAAUGAAUCGAAACUUACAUAAAGAACAAGAAAAUUUAUGCGCCAAACGUGGAUUAGAAAGAAGUAAUGAUCUUCAAACAUAUAUCGUUAAUUUACCAAAGGCAUUUCUCGAGCAAUUUGCAAGUGCUUCACAAAUAUCAGAAAAUGAGCAGCACCGUUUAGAUGCAAUGCUUUCGAAUAAUAUUGAUGGAGCAACUGCGAAGAUGGAAACAAUUGCAAAGAUACAUCAGCAACUGAAUAAUUUUUUCAUGGAAUUGAUUGAGCGUGGAAAUGCGCAAAUGACUUAUGUCUUUCGGGAAUUAUCGCUACUUGAGUUAAUACUUGACAUGGAAUUUAAUGACUCAGCUAUUGUUGGGAAUUUCGCUAAAGAUAAAUCAGAAAUGGCUUAUAGCAAAGCAUUCAUGUAUGGAAACGAAUGGAUAUAUCUGUCAUUCGAAUUAGCAUUAUUCAGUAGUACAUUCAUUUUGAGUGAAAAUUAUGCUUGUUCAAUAUUCAUAACUUAUGCCGUAUCAACUGCUAUCAAGAAAACCUUAUCAUUAUUAUUCACUAACCAAUUAAUCAGAAGUAGUUUCGUGGAUCACAGAUUUCUGAUGUAA